GUACAUAUGCCUGAAUGCUUACCAGUGAAAUAAAGAGCUUGGUUGCGGCAGUAACACAGAUCACCUACGCGACAGAUAAAAGCGAGAUUAUUAAUCCCUAAAUCUCAAUAUCUACUAGCCGCGCUAUUUUCCACUCUUACUCCCACAACGUUUUCUGAAAACUACUAGGUAAGCUUUUCAACUUUACUAUAGUUCUUUCACAGUGUACUCUCUGAAGUCCACUUUCGAACAUUAUUGAUCUGGUUUACAUAAUUCACUUUUUUCUUACUCAAUGGGCGAUCUCGUGUCGAGCACUCCUCCGCUUCUUAUGCUACAACAUUCUAUAUUAGACCUGGGACUGCACUCGUACACACACAUUUCCUAGAGAUAUGGAAUCUUACAAAGGAACUCAUUCACAGCAGAAUCACGAGCUAGUGCGAACGAAUGCGCUUUACGCAUCUCAAAUACGUAGAUUGGAGGAUGAAUUGUAUGGUUUACGGAGCGAGAAUCUGGAGCUUCGUGAGCGGCUCAUACGUGCUGAGCGUCAACUCGAAUUGAAGGAGAAACAACAAAUAGUGGCUGCUACUACGGUUUCAGCCAUGGCUAUGAUGAAAAAAGACAGGUUGUCUGUACCAGCGUUGCUGGGCGAUACUGGUGAAGAAGGCGAAGCUACUUAUACUAGUGCCACCACUACUGCAGAAGCAACAGCAAUAGUUAAGCCUCCAUCGCUGUAUCUGCUACUAGAUGAAGAGCUUGAGCGAACAGAUGAUCAUAAGCAGCCUGAACAACAUCAGCAGCAACAACUACAGACAAAUGAUAUUGAUGGCCUAGAGCAUCAAAGGUAUGAUAACCGUAGCAACAACGAUACUGGUUAUCGCAACACAAGAAGUGAGGAGAGUGCAGAGCCGCAGUCAGUCAAUAUCACCCGCCGUAAAGAUACCACUAAUGCUGUCAUGCCGACGCCAAAUAAACGAGUCAGAACACGUAUCAGUUAUGCCUUACCUAGCGUAAAACAGAAGCUACGAAAAGGCGACCCAUUCACAUUCAACGAUCCAGUCCCUCGAUAAUAAAACAUGUUAUGAUCGACAUAGACGAAUG